AUGGAGGCCAGCUCUAUCCUUCUGGCUCUCACUAAUAUCUAUGUGGCAAUAUUUGCCCUGUUCUGUUUUAAACUUUUAAUCAAGGUGUCCUUGGCUCUGCUCACGCAUUUUUACAUUGUGCGAGGCAAUCGGAAGGAAGCUGCCAGAAUAGCAGAGGAGAUCUAUGGAAUAGUCCAAGGGUCUUGGGCAGACCGAUCUCCACUACAUGAUGCUGCAUUUCAUGGAAGACUUCUUUAUCUGAAAACGCUAAUAGCACAGAUCAUGUUACACCGUGGUUUUAAUGUGAACCUUUUGACCAUAGACAGAGUUUCUCCUGUUCAUGAAGCGUGCCUCGGUGGCCAUGUCUCUUGUGCCAAAGUGCUGUUAGAGAAUGGAGCUUGCGUGAAUGUGGUGACAGUGGAUGGGAUUACCCCUCUGUAUAAUGCAUGUAGAAGUGGGAGUAUUGCUUGUGUCAGUAUGUUACUGGACUAUGGCGCUAACCCAGAGCUGGAGACUCAACUGGCUUUUCCUCUUCAUGAAGCAAUCAUAAGAGGUCACAGGGAAUGUGCAGAAAUGUUAAUCUCUUAUGGAGCAGACAUUGAUAAAGAACUUCAGAAUAGUGGUACUCCACUGUAUUUAGCCUGUGCCCACCAGAAAGCUAGUUGUGUUAGAAAGCUUCUUGAAUUGGGUGCAGAUGUGACCCAUGGGAAACUCCUGGAUACACCUCUCCAUGCUGCUGCUCGCAAAUCAAGUGAAGAGAUUGUCAAGCUGCUUAUUGAUUAUGGGGCCAAUGUGAAGAGUAAAAACAUGGAAGGAAAAUACCCCAUAGAACUGGCAGCACCCAGGAGUGCAGUAGAAAGGGCAUUGCUCAUUGCAGAAGGUCCAGCUUCCUUGGCUCAGCUGUGCAGGCUCAGCAUUCGAAAGUUGUUGGGUACUUCCUGUCUACAAGAUGUGCCCAAGCUUCAGUUACCUAACAGACUAAUACAAUUUUUACUAUAUCGAUAGAACUUUAAACUGGCAUGACCCAAUUUUUCUAAUUUCCUUUGAUGUUAUUAUAUGUAUUUUGAAAAUUG